CGCCGCGCCGGAGCUCCAUUGCGCUCCACGUGUACCUGAACGCCGAGACCUUUGUCGCCCAAGAGGCCGAUUUGAGCGAGGGAUGGAUUCUCAAGACUGCUCCUGCGCUAGCGGUGGCACUUGUAACUGUGGCAACAACUGUCAGUGCAAAAACUGCAAGUGCAAGUCGUGCAAAAAGAGUUGCUGCUCCUGUUGCCCGGUGGGCUGUACCAAGUGCGCCCAGGGCUGUAUCUGCAAAGGCCCCCCUUCCACCAAAUGCAGCUGCUGCAAGUGAGCUCCUUCCGCUCAUUUGAGUGUUGACCUGUAUAUUUGCCUGCAAGAAUGUAACCCUAAAUGUCCAUUUAUAUAUUUGCCUGUGUGUCUUCCAGCCUUUAGAUGUGAAAAUAAGCUACGUGGAAAAUAAAGCUGUAUGUAUAUAAGUAA